CUCACGGCGGUGGCGUGGAGACGCGGGGCGCUUCCGGUGGCGGCCCCGACUGUGGGGGUGGGUGUGGAGAAGCCCCUUAUCAGCCUCCGGGUCUCCUCGUGUUGCGGGGUCUCCUUGGCGCGGUGUGCGGAGGCGGCGACAGGCAGACGGCGUUGGAGUGGUCUCACAUCAGCAACAUGGCUACGGAUUGGCUGGGCAGUAUUGUGUCCAUCAACUGUGGUGAUAGCUUGGGGGUCUAUCAGGGAAGAGUGUCAGCAGUGGAUCAGAUCAGCCAGACCAUUUCUCUCACCCGGCCUUUCCACAAUGGAGUGAAGUGCCUCGUGCCAGAAGUCACCUUCAGGGCAGGUGACAUUACAGAAUUAAAAAUUCUGGAGAUACCAGGUCCUGGAGAAAAUCAACAUUUUGGAGACCUUCAUCAGACAGAAUUAGGCCCCUCUGGUGUUGGGUACCAAAUGGGUAUCAAUCAGAAUGGCACAGGCAAGCUGGUGAAGAAGCCAACCUCUUCCAGCAGUGCCCCUCAGAAUAUCCCUAAGAGGACAGAUGUGAAGAGCCAAGAUGUUGCUGUUUCCCCACAGCAGCAACAGUGCUCAAAGAGCUAUGUGGACAGGCACACGGAAUCCUUGAGUCAGUCCAAAAGUUUCCGUCGUCGGCACAACUCUUGGUCAUCUAGUAGCAGACACCCAAAUCAGGCAACUCCAAAGAAAAGUGGAUUAAAGAAUGGCCAAAUGAAGAAUAAAGAUGACGAGUGCUUUGGGGAUGAUAUCGAGGAGAUCCCAGACACAGAUUUUGAUUUUGAAGGGAACCUGGCCCUUUUUGACAAGGCAGCUGUGUUUGAAGAGAUUGAUACCUAUGAGAGGAGAACUGGUACCCGUUCCCGGGGCAUCCCAAAUGAAAGGCCUACUCGGUACCGCCACGAUGAGAACAUCCUGGAGUCGGAGCCCAUUGUCUACCGGCGGAUCACUGUGCCCCACAACGUGAGCAAGGAGUUCUGCACUGACUCGGGCCUGGUUGUCCCAAGUGUUUCCUAUGAGCUGCAUAAAAAGCUGUUGUCUGUGGCCGAGAAGCACGGGCUGACUCUGGAGCGGAGACUGGAGAUGACAGGGGUGUGUGCCAGUCAGAUGGCAUUGACCCUACUCGGAGGACCCAACAGGUUGAAUCCCAAAAAUGUUCACCAGAGGCCUACAGUGGCCCUGCUGUGUGGCCCCCAUGUGAAAGGGGCUCAGGGGAUCAGUUGUGGAAGGCAUCUAGCCAACCACGAUGUCCAGGUCAUCCUCUUCCUGCCCAACUUUGUGAAGAUGCUGGAGUCCAUCACCAACGAGCUGUCUCUCUUCAGCAAGACCCAAGGCCAACAAGUAUCUAACCUCAAAGAUCUGCCCACUAGCCCCGUGGACCUAGUGAUCAACUGCCUGGACUGCCCCGAGAAUGCCUUCCUGCGGGACCAGCCCUGGUACAAGGCAGCUGUCGCCUGGGCCAAUCGGAACCGGGCACCGGUGCUCAGCAUAGACCCUCCUGUGCAUGAAGGCGAACAGGGCAUCGAUGCCAAGUGGUCACUGGCUCUGGGCCUGCCUCUACCACUGGGGGAGCGUGCGGGCCGCGUCUAUUUGUGCGACAUCGGCCUCCCCCAGCAGGUGUUCCAGGAGGUGGGCAUCAGCUACCACUCACCCUUUGGCUGCAAGUUUGUCAUUCCACUGCACUCUGCCUAGAGGAGCUCUGGGUGCUGCAGUCCCCUGCUGCUCCGGACACACUGAACUUGACAACGAACGCCUUAAGGAUGUGAAGCUUCAUGGACCUUGUUAAAUUUUUUCGCUUUUGGAUUUGUUACUUCUGUGAGAGAACAGAUCAUAUUUAAAAAUGACCUGUCACCUGCCCUUAGCCGGGGAAGGCUUUCCCACUGGGUGUGCGGGGUGGGUGGCAGGCUGAGUGGCUCUAGGCAUCUCUACACUUGGCCCCCUUCGUGGCUGGGUGGGGCUUUGUUUACAGACUUAGGCAGCUCACAGACCCGUGUUUCAGGUUUACAGUCACUGGGGCCUGGGCAAGCACCUUGUGGGGUGGGGUGGGUCCUGUUUGGGGGCCCGUCCUUGCCGGAGCUUGCGGCUUCAUCUCCCCUGCUUCCCUAGCUGGGCAGCCCCACCUUCUGAUCAUGUCGAACUGGCUGCGCUGCAGUUGCCCGCUAGAGGGCAGACUUGCACUCUGCAUUCAUUUUGAGGGCUUUGAGGAGGCCUUCCUUCCCAGAGCCCCACCACAAGUUGAUUUGGGGGCUUUUGACCCUUUCUCCUGAGCUGAUGCAAGUUUUAUGCUGGGAUUUCUUUCAGGGGUCCUUCCUUUCCACUCCCAUUGCUCCGAGAGGCAGGGAAGGGGGUGACAUCAGGAUGGUUUUACUGUAUUGGGAUUUUAUACUGUUUUUCUGUUUUCAGCAUAGGUAGUAUAAGGUUAUGUUACUGUAGAACCACAGUGCCCAUCUUGCCAGCCGUGCCCCCCAGCCCCAUACUCUCUUUAGCUGGGGGCAGAGCCUUUGCCUAGUCUGGGGCCAGAGCCCUCAGGGUGCAGCUUUAAUGUUCAGUAUUGGGGAGGUCCCUGGGGGAGCCUGGUGCUGAGCCAGAAGAGGCUCCCUGGUGCUUCUGUAUUAGGCUUCCACUAUCCCACCCCACCUCCUUGCCUGCAUAUGUACCCCAACUUCCUCCCCCACCCCCCCCCCAUCUUUCCCCUGAAAGGGUCCUCUGCAGCUGUCAUCCCAGAGCAGGGCGCAUGCCCCUCCCCUGUCUGGGCUCCACCCCAGUUCUUACAGUGUCUGGGCUUUGAACCCUUUAUGGUUGUCCACUCUAGAUGAGUAGGCUUGGGGCCAGCCCCCUAUCUCAAAGAUGCCAAAAUGAGUCUAGUUCUAGAUGAGCUAGCUGGUGGGGCUCAGCCAUAGGAACAUACUGCUGCUCAGGUCCUAAGGCAGUAAAGCCUUUGGACCUUCACAGGCUUAGGCCUUGGAGGCUGGUUUCAGAACAGGAGCUGUGCCCUGGAGUCCCUGGCAAGGGCCCUUGCAAAAAGCUCAUGCUUUUAAAAGUCUUUUUCAGGAAUUCAGGCUUCCUUCUGUUCUCUGCCCACCCACUCUGGUUAAGGCGGCGAGUGGGAGGGCUCGCCAAGGAUCGUGGACACAGGGUAGACCCUGGUACCUUGGGUUUCAGGCUACUUAUCACUUUCUUAUAGGAGCAUAGCCAGGAGCAGAUGAGGCAGGGCAGAGGGCUGGUCCCUCCUUUCCUCCCAUCCUCCCUCAAAUUGUCUCCAGUAGUGGGAGGAAGCCAGACUAUGAGCCUUGUCGUGUGUAUCCUCCCUGAGCUUCUGCUCACUCUCAGGGCCAAGAAGCUCCCAAGAUGGGGCCCUCUCUUUAGAGGCAGGGCCAUAAUCUGAGGAGCAGUGCUGGAUUACAGGCAUUGUAUGUUGUAAGCAACCAUUAAGCAGAUUUUGGGUGCCUGCCUGUUAAUGCAGUUAGGCCCCCCCUUGGGUACAGUGGAAGGAAGAGCUCGAGGAACCCCAGCCCAACGGACCCUGCUUGCUCCGGUAAGUUGCAGUGGCCCUGGGGUGAGGACCGUGUUAAGGGACCACUGGGAGCUUAUGCCCAAGCCUCUCCGUCUUCUCCCCGCAAGUGGCUCUGGAGCCUCUUCCUGCCUUCAGCCCGGGCCUUCUCCAGUGGUAUUAAAGAUAAGCAUGAUUCCUCUACCUUCGGCUCUUUUCGGAGGCCUCCUGCCCCCCAGUGCCCAGUCCCCAAGGGGCCCCAGUCAGGUGGUUGACUAUCACUCCUGCAGUUCUUGGGGAACUAAAAACCAGCACUUAAAAUAAAGCUGAAUGACGGA